AUGAACAGGUGGUAUCGCGUUUCAGAUUCCUCAGCCUUGUAUCCGAUCCCGUCUUCACAGCGAGUCAUACUGUCGCGUACAUUGUUGCUCAUCAAAAAUGCUGAUGAACGUGAUGCGGGAAAAUGGAUAUGCCAAGCUUCAAAUCAAUUUGGUGAGCAACGCAUUGAGAUUCGUUUAUUGGUGAACUCGUAUGUUUCGGUGCAUAUUUUGCCACAAGUUCAGAUUGUCAACUCAGGCGGAACGGCCAUUUUCAAUUGUUCCACGACGGGUUCAGCGAUCGAUGGCAUCGAGUGGCUGCACAAUGGCACACCCUUGAAAGAAAAUAAUGCACUCAGCACCGGCAGAGACAAUUUACGUUUUCUAACAAGGGCGUCCCUCAUGAUACUAAAUGUGGGCCGUCGGGACCGGGGUGCCUAUCAAUGCCUGGUUGAAAACCACAAAGCAAGUGCACAGGCAAUGGCCGAACUGAAAUUGGGGGACACUGUGCCUGAACUGAUUUAUACAUUCAUCGAGCAAAAUGUACGUCCGGGACCAUUAAUAUCCCUUAAGUGCUCGGCAAGCGGUUCACCGCCACCACAAUUUGCGUGGCUACUGGAUUCUCAGCCCAUAAUGGAUGUUUCCUUGCAUCAUCGCUUUGCAAUUGGGCAAUUUGUCGAUAUGUCUGGCGAUGUAAUAAGUCAUUUGAAUAUCUCCCAUGUACGACCGGAUGAUGGUGGACUCUAUAAAUGCAUUGCUACAAAUUCUAUGGGUAGUGUGGAGCAUGCAGCGAGACUAAAUGUGUAUGGUAAGUUAAGACAAAAUUUAUGA